AUGGCUAAGACGGCUAAGCCUGCGACCUCCUCGGGCAAGUUUGCUGCAAAAGCAGUGAAGAGGGAGCCCAAGGCCGCUGCCAAGGGGACGGCCAAGGCGCCCACACCCAAGUCGCAAGCAGUGAAGACCGAGCCAACAGAAGCAGUGGGCAAGAUCGGCAUGGAGAGAGGCCAGCUGUCGGGACUGCUGACCUCGCUGUCCUACCAGUGCAAGGCCAAGAAAGCCACCCCCGAGCACAGAGCAGCAGCAGCGAAGAUCCUCAGCGACUACAAGGCAGCAGACGUGAGUGGCAAGAGCAAGAUCUUGGAGAAGCUUGUGCAGAGUGGCAUGCACUGCUUGGACUGGGCCAACGAGCUGACGAAGAACACGGAGGUUCAACACGAGGAAGCGAAUGAGUUUGUGAAAGGCUUCAUGACCCGGUCCAAAAUCCUGGAGCUCAAUGGCCUGAACGAAAGCAACCUUUCAGAGCAGGUGGCAGCCGACACCUUGCAGGACCUCCUGAGAGAGUCCGAGGAAAGGUUCAAGCACACCAGGCAAGAGCAGCCGCACAAGAACAAACUCCUGCAUCGCUACUUCUACAAGAUGCAGAAGGAGAGCACAGAGAGAGACUCUGCCACCGACACGACUCGGCACAGUCAGACGGGAACCAUGGAUGGUGAAUUGGGCUCGUUGAUGGAUGCCUUCGGCAGUGGUGCCACUUCCAGCAUUGAGGUGGACAUGAAGGGUGCCUUCAACAAGAACGUCCUGCUGCUUAAGCAGUACAAGCCGAAGCUCAACAAGCUGCACCAGGAAGGCCUCGAUAUCUCCAGUAUUCUGCUCAGUCUGUCCCCGGAGAUGUACUCCCAGAUCUGCCAGGACAUCGACAAGAAGAUGCAGACCCUGGAGGAAUUCAGCACAAAGCUGAGACAAAGCACGGCUACCAUGAACCGUGUGGAUCCGGCGGACAGCAGUGUGGACCUCGAGAAGCUGGUGAAGACCACAGGUGACUUGAUCACCGAGUGCGAACAGCACCAGAACGUGGUCGCAGGCUUUCUGAAGCAGUGGAAAUUGGUCGCCGGCAUCUAG